UUUCGUGAUCAGUUUGUGUUUAGCAUUCGGCGAGCGCGGGUCAACAGUAUCUGAAUCUGAAUCCGCAUCUGAAUCCGCAAAGUAUCCAAGUAUCUGGUUAAAAGGGUCUGCCAUUGUUGCCAAGUGAAGAAGCCAUCCGAGAUGACCGCCAAGCCGAAGUUCGUGUAUGAGAAGGAUGAUUUGGCCACCAUAGGCGAGGUGGACGACAACGAGGUGGACCGCAUUGCGGAGUGCUUCAAGGGACGCAGUCUGUUCAUCACAGGCGGCACUGGUUUCCUGGGCAAGGUCCUGGUCGAGAAACUGCUGCGGUCGUGUGGUGGCCUCAAGCGCAUUUAUCUGCUCAUCCGGCCGAAGAAGGGCAAGGAUCCGCAGGAACGCAUCAAGGAUAUAUUCCAGAAUGUGCUGUUUGACCAGGUGAAACAGCUUCGCGGCGAGGAGCAAAUCCUGCAACAGGUGGUGGCCAUCGCCGGAGACGUCCUCUUACCCGGCCUGGGAAUCUCCGAGAAGGACCUGGAAACGCUGCGCCAGGAGGUGUCCAUUGUGUACCAUUGUGCAGCCACAGUGCGCUUUGAUGAACCCCUUCGCAAUGCCGUGUUCAUGAACACCCGCGGCACCAAGUACAUGCUGGAGCUGGCCCAGAGCCUGAAGCACCUGGACUUCUUCGCCUACUGCUCCACGGCCUACUGCCAUUUGCACGUGAAGACGCUGUACGAGAAGCCGUACGAUCCGCCAGCAGAUCCGCACAAGGUGAUGCAGGCCUGCGAGUGGCUGACGGAUGACGAGGUGGCCACCAUCGAGAAGAAGGUGCUCGGGGACAUCCCGAACACGUACGCCUACACCAAGUCACUGGCCGAGGCGCUGGUGGUGGAGAAGUUCGACCAGCUGCCCGCCGUGAUCCUGCGGCCCUCGAUCGUGAUCCCCAUCUGGAAGGAGCCCAUUCCGGGCUGGACGGACAACAUCAACGGGCCCACUGGCCUGCUCAUCGGAGCGGGAAAGGGUGUCAUUCGCACCAUGUACUGCAAUUCCUCCGGGUACGGCGAUUUCCUGCCCGUGGAUGUGGCUGUCAAUGGCAUCCUGGUGGCCAGCUGGAGGAACAUCACAGCGGGCACGGACACCACCAAUCGGGUGGCGCACAUGACCUCCUCCAACGACAUCAAGGUGUCCUGGGCGGAGAUCAUCGAGCUGGGACGCUGGGUGAUCGAGAACAAGGUGCCGCUGAACGGCGUGGCCUGGUAUCCGGGUGGCUCCAUGAAGUCCAACUACUGGGUGCACUACGUCUGCAUGGUGCUGUUCCAGUGGAUGCCGGCCCUCUUUGUGGACGCCCUGCUCUGGCUACUGCGAUACCCGCCGGUACUGUGUCGCGUCCAGAACCGCAUCUUCAAGGGAUUCGAGGUGUUCGAGUACUAUGCCAAUAACGUCUGGAACUUCGACAACUCGGAGGCGGUGAAGCUGCGCAAGCUGAUGAACAACAAGGAGCGGCGCACCUACGUGAUCGAGAAGAUCGAGCUCGACCUGAUCGACUACUUCACCAACUGCGUCCUCUGCGCCCGCCGUCUGAUCCUCAAAGAGUCGGACGAGUCGAUUCCGGCGGCCAGGAGACACAUGAAGGUGAUGUGGGUUGUGGACAAGGUCUACAAGGGCAUCUGGAUAUUCGGCAUCCUCUACAUGCUCUACAGGUGCUUCUUCGCCGGCUAGACUCCGUCCGGAUGCGACGCUUAGUUAAGUGCUGGAGACCAAAAGAUGAGCCCUGCCCCAAGCCGCAGUUGUUAUGUGUUAUGUUUUCCUUAGGAACUAAGUUUUCUAGUUUAAGGCGGUGCUGUUGAUUAGAAACUUAAUGCACUUGUUUUGAAAGACAGCGAAUAAAACAUUGGUUUAUGUA